CUGUAUCCAUGCUCACGUGCCCCUGCACCCUUCUAUAGCACAAGAUGAACAGUGGGAUCUGCCUGUGUGUGCUCCUGGUGACCCUGUCGGCGUCGUGCCUGCGGCGGACCUGCUGCUCUGCCCAGCGGGAGGGCUCCGCGCCCACUCUCUCACGCCACGCCCGCUCCACCGAGCCUCCCAUGCCCGCCACAGAUGGCACAGGUGCCAACGUCGUCGCUGCCGCCAACCUAGGCGAGCUCCUCACCAAACUCAUGGCCAGGAAAGCUUUGCUUCGUAAGAACUCGUUGUCGAAAUCGAGAGCAAGUGGCCUAAGCAACAAUCACCAGAUAAAGGACAGAGACUACCUGGGCUGGAUGGACUUUGGUCGCCGUAGCGCAGAGGAGUACGACUACUCCUCAUGAAAGACUGUGGAAAUGCCCAGAAUGAAAACAUUAAGCCAAUUCAAGAAUAUCCGACACACAGAUCUCAGCCCCGUUCAUUCCAAAAUCCACUGCACAGGCAGUGUUUAGCAGUGCAGUAAACCAUAUACUUUUACCAUUAUCUUUCUGUGUUUGAUGCAUAUUUGUCUGUAGAGCUGUCUACAGAAGCCAGUGCAGUUCUGGAUGUGCUCUGAUUCUUUGUAAUGAUGAUACCUACUGUACUGCAUAUUAUGAAUACUAUUAUGAAUAACAUUAAUGUAUGACAUCAUUUAAGAUGAGGAAAAUAAAAUAAGGGUUGACUGAAAGUAUGAUCCCAGCAUAACGAUUCAUUUACCCUGAGAAAGUAUUUGGUUUAUCUUAAU